GUCGCCUCCUACAUACACAUAACAAGCGCUUCCGAUUACACAGUACUAAAAUCAACGAAGAGACUCACAGGUAGCAAGCCGGGAUGGUUUCAAACUGGUCGGCCACGCCUCAUCUACUAUUUUCCGAGAUCUAGUAAGCCGGUUUCGCCCACUGCAGUGCGCUGCAGAACAUUGCCGAGGGUGGAUCAUCUACAUCGGAUCUUGAUUUCUUCAUCAUUGUCAUUUCUCAACUUCACUCACCACCAACCACUCACCCCACAUCUCAAAAUGACAAAACGCACCCACAGCGAGUCGGCGACCCCGUCAGCGCCUUCAAUAAUACCAACGACCACCCCCGAACCCGCCUCAAAACGCAUCAAACCCUCCACCACCGCCACAGCCUCACCUCAAAUACCACCCUGGACCAUUUUCACAAAAUGGACCUCCGACAGCAUCGCCAAAGACCACCCGCCCUUGCCACCCGUGCUAGACAACGCCCUCGAGACGGCAGCUCUCACCCACUCGGGGAUGCGCAAGAACCUGUCGGACCCGAGCUAUGAGCAGCUCGAGUGGAUCGGCGACGUGUACCUGGAGCUGAUCGCGUCGGAGCUCAUCUCGCAGACCUUCCCGACGCUGGACCCGGGCCGGUCGUCGCACUACCGCGAGAUGCUGGUGCGCAACACCACGCUGGGCCAGUUCUCGGUGCACUACGGCCUGGACAGGCGCGCCAACUUCCCCGCCGAGUUCGGCCUGGGCGGCCGCCCCAACGGCACCAAGGCCAGCGAGAAGCAGCGCGCCAAGGCCCUGGGCGAUAUCUUCGAGGCCUAUGUCGGCGCCAUCGUGCGGUCGGAUCCGGAGAACGGGAUGCGCCGCGCGGCGGAGUGGUUGAAGCUGCUGUGGGGCCCCGUGCUGGAGAGGCAGAUCCGCGAGGAGGAGAGCGGGUCGCGGGUGAAGGAUCGGGAGCUCAAUCCGAAGACGCAGCUGGAGCAGUUGAUAGGAGGGCACGGAGUGAGGAUUGAGUACAAGGACUUACCGUCCGGUGGGAAGAAGGAUCGGAAUACAAACCAGGAGUUGUUCUUCGUGGGGUGCUUCUUGACAGGGUGGGGGGAGACGGCCCUGCAGCUGGGGCAUGGCGGCGCGCUUGGGAAAAAGGAGGCGGGCCAGAAGGCUGCGGUCAGGGCGAUGGAGAACAAGAAGCUGAUGAAGAAAUUCGGCGAAAAAAAGAAGGCUCUCGCGGCCGCUAGGGCGGCGCAGGCUGAGAAGGCCGCGUAGAAUAUGGGCCGAGGGUGUGAUAUAAAACAAAGCACAAAUGGUGGUAUGCAACGGCAUCAAGCUACACCAUCGAGCUAGCUUUGCACAUUCAACAUAAGAAUGAGGUGUUUAUCGCUCCCAAGCCACAACAUCGUUACCAAUAUGUUCUAGAUAAUGUGUUAGUUAAGAAGAGUAAUUCAGCGCCACGAGGCACAGCCCA